UGGGAUCAGAAUUCGCUAGUCAUUUAACGUGAAUGGCGUGAAAGCUGUAUUGAUUUGGAUUGUGAAUUUUUCUUUGUUUGUAAAUUCCAAACUUGCAUGACUUUCUGUUCUACUGAUAUAUUUUCAUAGUAUUUUCAAGUAUUUAGCAAGGCGUGGUAUGAAUGUGUAGAUCCAGAAAAUUACGCGUAUCAUCCAGCAAAUAACCUGCUUUAACCAGAAAUGCAAAACCUGUUUGUUAGUUCCGUCUAAAGCUUCGAGUCACAGUUUAGACACAUGAGUAUGAAUAGAAAUAAAAAUCUGUUUUUUUUAAUUAAAUUAUGAAUUUUACAUUUCACAUCCGGACACAACAUUUUGAGACCACCAAUAACCUUUAAGUCUAGAGAAAGGUAAAGUGUAUUGCAGUAUAUUUGCGCUUUAUACUAUUAUGAGGUUACUAGUUAGAUUCGAUUAGAUUGCAGUAGGAGUCAAAGCAUGCUGCAAACAAGCAAAUAUUUCUGUUAUUUAUUCUGUUAUUUAUGUAUUAGCCCAUUAGCCAUUCAAUGCAAUGAGAGCAUUUAUAUUCAAUUAAUCUUGAUAAAUGACAUUUUAAUAUUUGAUGGCGGAAUGAUCCAAUAUAAGAUGAAUCCGUCCUGACGUUACUUAUGAAAACUUGAAACUUUCCAUCCAUCAGUGCGAUCUCAUUUUGUCUCCAUCAUCAGGGAUGUUUUGGUUUUGACAUCACAUUGUAUAGUGUGGUGCACCAGUUGGUCUCAAUAUUUCUUUCCUGUAAUUCAUUGGAAUUCAUGUGUUUAAAUCUGAGUCCUAGUACUUAUAUAAUGUAAAGGUCAUUUUAUGCGUCAAAAUUCACAACAUUCCUAUUACAAAUGUGCCAUUGUAGUUGCCUUCAAUGUUACUAUUAAACAAUGUGUAACGGUUCAUCUUUACUCUCUAUGUGUCAAAACCACAUGCAGUCAGCCAUUUGAUAUUUUAAACACAGUGAUACAGUUAUAUGUACAUGCACUUCUUAUAUCUAUUAAGAUAUAUAUGUAGCCAGCUUGAAUGUUUUCAAACUGAUUUACGUUUACAUGCUGUUCUUUUAAAUAUUAAAUUUCCACCAGCCGACCUUGGAUAGGUUUCGAUGGCAUGUUAGCUGGUAUUUCGUCGGUCCAGCAGCAGUCAGUUCCACGCAGUACUGUACAGAGUCAAUGAGGUCUGAGGGGAAAACACUAUGUCCCUCUAGAAUCUCAACAACAGCAACAGACAUUAGCCGUAGUCCUCUGUCUCUUCAAUCCAUUUUUUCUCACAUUGUGACGGCGGCUAGAUGCAACGUCUUAUCCGUGUCCUGGCAAACAGUUGGGAAACCUCCUGCUCAACAGCGCAGCCCAUCAAACACAGAAGUUUAAUACUCGUGAUAAGCUUGUAUUUUCAAACACCAACUAUUGACAACUGUGGACCAAGGACUGGUUGCUGGAUUCACGUAGCUGAUGCUAGCAUCGGGCAGUCAACUGUCAUAUAUAUAUAUAUAUAUACAUAUUAAGUCACUUGUCUGCGGCGAAACCAAAGGCAAGUGAGGCCUAACAAAAGCCUCUUUUGCCAGAGUUUCAUGGCGGUUAUGAGAGAAUUGACAACGCUGUGCUAACAUGUUAGCGCUCUCUGCUAACCGCUGCUCAGUAUCGCUCUGGAAGAUUGUAGAUAGUGGAAUAACACCAUCUAUGUGAUGAAUGGUCGUCCAUGGCUGUAAAACUGCAGGGAAAGUAGUUAUUGGUUAUUUAAUCCAGCUCCCACAGCGUCGCGCUCCUGCAGCAUCUGCACUUAGGUCCACGAUAACAAGGCUGUGAAUUGCUGAAACAAUUUAUCCCCCUAAGGAAGAACCUGUUCUGGCGCCUUGUUGUUGCACAUAAACUGCUUUGUAUAUUUAAAAAAGAGUGAAUAAUUCACUUUAUAAAUACACAAACGCAUCCACAGUCACCACUUUAACCAAAUGUUUGUGGGAAACUGCGAUGCACAUUUUUAUAAGUAUUCAUUAUAAAUUUAAUAAACAAGAAUCACAAUAUACAUAAAAUCUCACAAAGAAUGGCAACAUAAACCAGAAUUGUGAUUUAAAUUGAAAUGGCACCAAAGUAUCAGGAAAACGUUGACUCAGGCCACAUGCAUAUUGUCCAAAGUCACUAGUUUAUUAAUGAAUGUUAAUGUCGACAAUUUAACAUUUGAGAACAUUUUUAACUCUGUUUUAGGAUAAAAGACAAUAUAGUUUACAAACUCUUGAGGAAAAGAGAGUUGCGCUAGUGCUAAUAGUUAUAAAUGAGUCUCUGCUCCACUUCAGUGAAACACAGUUGAAAUAACUUCCACCAUGAGGGAAACCUACACAGCAAUGUGUUUCAGUGCAAACAUCAAAAUGAUCUGUACAACAGCCAGUGUCACGGUAAUGCUCGCAGUAACUUGAGCAUGCGUCAAUAAGAGCGCAGCACAAGGUCGCGAGCCACCAGCAGGAGGAGGAACACGGGGGGAGGAGCUAGUCCCUCCCUCCCUCCCACUGCCGGAACACGUGGCUGUGAGGUGAAACCGCCCUCCAUUUGUAGGGAUUACAACUGUCAUGGCAGCAGAGGACGUGCGCAAGUGCAGUGAAUACGCGGAAGCGCAGAUCUGGUGGGGAGGAAUUUGAGUGUAGAUGAGGAGGGGGAGGAAAUAUACACACACAUGAGGUAGUCACUGAUGGAACUAGGGAGAGUGUGAUCACAAUGAAGGAGGAGAACAGUUGUUGAGAGGAGAGUUCAUCCAGAAGUGUGGGGCUCCUGACCAACCUUAUCUAGCAGUUCGUCAUGUCUCUGCUGACUCACGUGUUGGCAUGUCUCUUCGGCAUGGGCUCCUGGGUGGCCAUCAAUGGGAUGUGGGUGGAGCUCCCACUGGUGGUCCCACAGAUCCCCGAGGGCUGGUACCUGCCUUCGUACCUCACAGUCAUCAUCCAGAUGGCCAACAUCGGCCCCCUCUUCAUCACUCUGAUGCACCGCUUCCGCCCGGGCACGCUGGACGAGCGGCCCGUCAUCUACGGGAUUGUGGUGUUGGGAGUCAUCGCCACAUUCCUGCUGGCUUUCUUCUGGAAACACACAGUGGUGUUGGGGGGCGCCCAGCAUAGCGUUCCUCUGCUGGUGUUAUGUUUCCUGCUUUCUGUCGUGGACUGCACCUCAUCCGUGACGUUCCUGCCCUUCAUGAUGCGCCUUCGUCCCCAGUACCUCACCACCUACUUUGUCGGUGAGGGCCUCAGCGGCCUGGUGCCGGCACUGGUGGCUCUGAUCCAAGGUGUGGGGGUCGUCCACUGUCGGAACACAACUUUGGCUGAGAACUCCACCGCAGUGCCAGACCAGCUCGAAGCCGUCUAUCAGCCAGCAAAAUUCUCGGCACAAGUCUUCUUCUUCUUCUUGAGUGUCAUGAUGGUUGUGUGUCUGGUGGCGUUUGCCUUGCUCAACUACCACCCCGAUGUAGCCCGUGAGAGGAACAACUUGUACUUCAAUGGGGAUGAGUUGCAGGGCAAGAAGGAGCAAGGGUUCACACUUCAUGCUCAGACUCCGGAGCAGAAGCCGAUGCUCAGCCCUUUGGAUGCUGCUGAGAGGCAGCCUCGCAGCUCUUUUGGUCGAGGAACGUACAGUAACUUUGAGCUGUUCUUCAUCUUCAUCGUGCUGGCCUGGGUCAACGCCCUGACCAAUGCAGUGCUGCCAUCGGUGCAGACCUAUUCAUGUAUGCCUUACGGGAACCAGGCGUAUCACCUUGCUGCCACCAUGGCUUCUGUUGCAAACCCUGUAGCCUGCUUCAUCGCCAUGUUCAUGCCGGUCCGGUCUCUCCUCUUCAUGCUCUUUUUAACUUUGGUUGGAACGGGUUUUGGAGGCUACAUCAUGGCUAUGGCUGCCCUCAGUCCCUGUCCUCUGCUGGUCCACAGUACCAUUGGAAUCGUUGUCAUUGUGCUGGUCUGGGUCCUGUUUGUUCUGUCCCUGUCCUAUGUCAAGGUCAUCAUCGGGGUCAUUCUGCGUGAUGAAGGCCACAGCGCCCUUGUGUGGUGUGGAGCAGUGGUGCAGCUGGGCUCCAUGCUCGGUGCCUUGUCCAUGUUUCCUCUUGUAAAUGUUUACUCACUAUUCCAGUCAGGCGACCCUUGUAACACUAAGUGUCCAUCAUGAUGUUGGGACGGGAAACAAAAGAGAAACUUGUCGAGCAGCACUUACUGUCAGUUUCACUGCAGGGAAGGACACAGGAGGUUAAACACUUCUAUAAAAUAGUUGAGAACACAACAGUUUUGGCUCCACGACUUGAUCAUAGAUGCUUGAUCAUAGUGUUACUUGAGUAGGUCAUGGCAAGUGUGUUACCUAGUUUACUGUUUGCAAGGUAAUAUGGCUUUAUAUGUGCCUUAAUUUAUUCACCAGUCAAACUAUUUUGUUACUCUGUGUUUCUUUUAAUGUUACUGAAGCUGGAGCAAUUGUUCAACUUUACCAAAUAAAACUUUCUAUCUGAAAUGAUUUGUCAUGUUUGGACCAUAAUGAUUAUUUUUAUGUUUUGUCGGUACAUGUUCAAUUGAAAAUGGAAAUUGUCGCUACGACGUUUAUUAUGACAUUAUUUUUGCAUACAUUC